GUUUUUUAAUUAUUAAUUAAAAUGUUCAUUAUUUUUUAAAUCAUCAGUAAUGAUUCAUCAUCAUUUUUGCUACCUUUAUCUUUAAAGGGUUAGUUGACCCAAAAAUGAAAAUUCUGUCAUUAAUUACUCACCAUCAUGUCGUUCCAAACCCGUAAGACCUUCGUUCAUCUUCGAAACAUUUUCGGAUGAACUAACCUUUUAACCUUUGAACUGUAAAAUGCCUCUCCCCGUGCAUAAUUUCAUGCUCUAAAAGACAUUCAAAAUUAAAAUAAUUUUAAAUAUUAAUUUUAUAAUUAGCCUACUUACUAUUUCAAGUUACAGUUAAAAGUGUUUUAAAAUAUAAAUGGAUUUCUACAGUGAUUUCAUCUAAAAGUGAGAGACAACAUCAGUCACUGCAAGCUAGAAUGAACCAUUAGUGACCACAGAGUGAACUACUUUUGUUGGUAUUGAAAAGCGCUGAGAGAGUAUGCAUGUAUCCCAGAAACAGGAAGCUCAUUCUUGCCUGUGAAAUGUUUUUGGAGUUGGAUGAUGAAUAUGUUUUCCUGCUUAAAAACAAUUAUAAUACUAAAGGGAAAGAUCAUCUUAAGUUCAGUUAUAGGUUGUGUUCAAUAAUUGAUAGAUCAUGGGGUGAAUGGAUCAAAGUAUAAAAGUCCAAUGGUUUAGCUUAAGAAGGUGUUUUACAUUUCAAACACUUCUUGGAUUGUAGGGUUUUUUGAAUAUAUUUUAGGGCUGGAUGGGAGAAUAUUUAAAAAAGGCAGAUCAACCAAACAAAUCUUCUUGGUAAUCGCCUGUAGCACUUGACCGUUGACAUGCUCCUAAAGAAAGAAAAGCGUUAAAGCAGCAUGUCAAGGUCAGAUUUCCCUCCGGGUUAUGAUGAUUCGCGGCUGCUCUCUAACCCUCAGCCUGGAGGAGGUUACCCCGCUUCUGCCCCCCCAUAUGGCUUCAACGCGUACGGGCAACAGCCUCCUUACCCACAGCCCAAUGAUCCAUACCGAGGCCAGCCUGCGGGAUACCCCCCGCCAGCUAUGCCUGUCAUCCCCGUCAUUCCUACUGGUUUAGGUGAUAAUGAAGGAUUUACCACAACAGGAGGAUUCGACGAUAUAAGUGUCCGUCACACUUUUAUACGAAAAGUUUAUCUGAUCCUCGCUGCUCAGCUUCUGGUCACUGCUACCAUCGUAGCUAUUUUCACAUUUGUGGAACCUGUUGGAGCUUUUGUGAAGAAAAAUCCAGCCAUUUACUGGGUUUCAUAUGCUGUCUAUUUUGUCACACACUUAGUAUUGGUUUGCUGUCAGGGACCCAGGAGGCGUUUCCCAUGGAACCUGAUCCUGUUGGCCAUUUUUACGCUGGCCUUAUCGUUCAUGACUGGAAAUAUAGCAAGCUAUUACAGCACUAAGGCAGUUUUCCUGGCCCUUGCCAUCACUGUUCUUGUAUCUGUUGCGGUGACAGUGUUCUGCUUCCAGACUAAGGUGGAUUUCACUAAAUGUUCAGGUUUUUUCUGUGUCCUCGGAAUCGUAGUGUUUGUGACUGGCAUCAUCACGGCUAUCGUGCUGUCAUUCAAAUACAUCCCAUGGCUUCACAUGCUCUAUGCAGCAAUAGGGGCCAUUGCAUUCACUCUGUUUCUGGCCUAUCAUACCCAGCUGCUCAUUGGGAACAGGAAGCUGUCCAUCGGGCCAGAGGAGUAUGUGUUUGCAGCUCUCUCCCUUUAUGUUGACAUUGUCCAGAUCUUCAUCUUCCUCCUGCAAAUUAUUGGAUAUGCUGAGAGAUAGAAGCUUUAAGCUGGCCGAUGGACCUUUUCUGUUUUGUCUUUAAUGUGUCUUCUCAAUCCAGACCUAGCUAACAUGUUUUCAAAUAAUACAGAUAUCUAGCUUUAUACUGAUGAAACAACUGGUAAGGGAUGAAUAUCAUUUCCAUGAUUUACUAACCAUAUGCAUAUGUUCCGAUAAAAUAUGACUGAUAUUAUAUAGCCAUUACUUUAUCAUGGAAAUGGAAGCUGUCUGUUAGAAGUGGAUCUGAUUAUGCAAAUUUUUACUGUACAGACUUAGAUUUGCUAUAGAUAUUACAUGCAUGUGGUACAUUUUGGUCGAGGGUAUAGCUUUUCUGCUGUGUACAUACAAUCUAACUGUAUUUUAGUUUAUGGACAUCUAUAUAUAACAUAUAAAAGUCUACAUCAAAUCUUUUGCUUUAAUUUUGGAAAAUAAAUGUCUUUACUUAAUGAAUUUGAUACUACACUUAACUAAACAUCACAGGUUAUGUUAUGUGAUGUACAAUGGUGCCUUUCCUUUGUUUAGCAUCAAAGAUACGCCAUGAAUAAAUAGUCAUAAAAAGUGUUAACUACAUAUAAAUGGAUUGUUAUAUAUUUGAAUUGUAUAAACAAAAUAAACCUGUAUUUUCUGUUACAAUGUUCUCAUGCCACAUGUUGAACAACAUUUUGAUAUGUAAUCAUUGUUAUUGUGAGGAUAAUCAUAAUAAAAGGAACACUUGAGUAUUA